UUACAUACCACCAACCCCCCCCUCCCCUCCUUCCCUCCCCGCUCGACCAUCUCUGCCCUGCCUCCCGAGUCCCCGAGUCCCCGCAGCCGUCUCUCACGCUGUCAACAGCCCCUCGCCGUCGACACUGUUGGUCCGUUCUGUUAUACUCCGCGUCCAGUUGUUCCCGAGGCUACAGAAUCACAGAUAUUGUUUUCCCCUCUCUCGGCGAGCUAAUCGGAAUUGACAAUGGACUAUUAUUUGGUGUGAGAUUAAAUCACUGGCAACACAACGAUUGGUGUAAGCCACGGAUCAGUCUGGACUUAAUACAUUAAACGACGGGGCCGUUUUCACAGGAUUUAUUUACUACAACCUCAUCUAUACUAUAUGACGUACCUUUUCCACAAGAACAUAUCAACGUUGUCGUUUUUUAUUUGAUUGGCUGGCUCCAUUAUUCUUCUUCUUCUUCUCUGAGAAACCCUACACUAUCUCACUCUCAUUGUCUCUCCCAAUUGCCCAAAUGCCAAAACCCUAACACGCUUUUAGAUACUCCAUGGAUACCCACUCACCUCCAAAGCCUCAAUUAAUCCAACCACAACUCCUUCAAACCAUAGCCCAAAUCCUGACCUCCUCGAAUGCCCCACUCCAUUCACUGACCCCCUACCUUCCCCACCUGACCCAACCCAUCCUCCUUUCCCUCCUUUCCUCGAAAACUCUAGCCUCCCGUCCUUACACCCUCCUCUCCUUCUUCAGGUUUCUCCAAUCCCACUCUCCCUCGCUCACCGCCUCCCCUAAUUGCGUCCUCUCUAUCCUCCCCUCCCUCUUCUCCCACAGCAAAUUCUCUGACGCCAAGUCCCUCCUUGUCUCCUUCAUCCCCUCUGAUCGCCAGCACCAGUUGCACCGCCUCAUCCUCCACCCUAGUCCCGAGGUCCCCAAGCCCUGUAGAGCACUUCUAGACACUUCCAUUGGUGCCUACGUCCAGUUGAAACAACCCCACCUCGCCGCGCAGAUUUUCAAGAAGAUGAAGCGGCUUCGCCUCCCUCCCAAGUUACUCACCUGCAAUACUCUCCUCAAUGCCCUGGUAAGACACCCAUCUUCUUAUUCCAUCGCCCUGUGCAAGGAAGUCUUUAACGAUGCUGUUAAGUUAGGAGUGAAGCCAAAUACGAACAGUUUUAAUAUUUUGAUAUAUGGCUAUUGUUUGGAGAACAAGUUUGGAGAAGCUUUGGACUUGGUUAAUAAGAUGGGUGAUUUUGGCUGUUCACCCGAUAAUGUGACUUACAAUACGAUUUUGGACGCGUUUUGUAAAAAGGGGAGGUUGAAGGAAGCGAGGGACUUGUUGCUGGAUAUGAAGAAUAGAGGAUUGUUGCCAAACAGGAACACGUAUAACAUAUUGGUCUGUGGGUAUUGUAAAUUAGGGUGGUUGAAGGACGCUGCAAAGAUUAUGGAGUUGAUGACGCAGGACAACUUGUUGCCGGAUGUUUGGACUUAUAAUAUGCUGAUCUGGGGGUUGUGUAAAGAGGGUAAGAUUGAAGAAGCUUUAAGGCUAAGAGAUGAGAUGGAGAAUUUGAAGUUGUUGCCAGAUGUGGUCACAUAUAACACGCUGAUUGAUGGGUGUUUUGAGUGGCAGAGCAGUUCGGAUGCAUUUAACUUGAUUGAGGAAAUGGGUGAGAGGGGAGUGAAUCUAAAUACGGUUACUCACAAUAUAAUGGUUAAGUGGUUUUAUAAGGAAGGGAAAAUGGAUGAAGCAAGUGAUGCUGUGAAGAAGAUGGAAGAAAGUGGGUUUUCUCCCAAUUGUGUUACCUACAAUACUUUGAUAAAUGGGUACUGUAAAGCAGGGAACAUGGAGAAAGCGUUUAGAAUGAUGGAUGAGAUGGGUAGGAAAGGCUUGAAGAUGGAUGUUGUUACCCUUAAUACUAUUCUACACACUCUUUGUGGGGAGAAGAAGCUUGACCAAGCAUACAAGUUGCUUACUGGUGCCAGUAAGCGUGGUUAUAUUCUUGACGAGGUAAGUUAUGGAACUUUGAUGAUGGGAUACUUUAAGGAUGAAAAGCCGAGCAAAGCCUUGGAGGUUUGGGAUUCACUGAAAAAGAAAGGGAUCCUUCCCAGUAUUAUCACCUAUAACACUAUAAUUGGAGGGCUAUGCCGGUUUGGAAAAACUGAUCAAGCAAUAGACAAGUUGAAUGAGCUUCUAGAGAGUGGUUUUGUCCCUGAUGAAACUACAUACAACACAAUUAUACAUGGUUAUUGCCGGGAGGGUGACAUUGAGAAAGCAUUUCAGUUCCACAACAAAAUGGUUGAUAAUUCAUUUAAGCCGGAUGUAAUUACGUGUAAUAUUCUUCUCCAUGGACUUUGUAGAGAGGGAAUGCUGGAAAAGGCUCUUAAGCUUUUCAACACGUGGAUUUCGAAGGGGAAAUCUAUUGAUGCAGUUACUUACAACACAUUGAUAUCGAGUCUAUGUAAAGAAGGGAGAUUUGAGGAUGCUUUUGAUCUUCUCGCAGAAAUGGAAGAGAAGAAAUUAGGGCCUGAUCGGUAUACAUAUAAUGCCAUCCUUGGUGCGCUUACAGAUGCAGGUAGGAUUAAAGAAGCAGAGGAGUUCAUGUCAAAAAUGGUUGAAAAUGAAACUCUACAUGAUCAGCCCUCACAAAGGCCCGAGGAAGAUGUGGUAACUCACGAAUCCCUAGAGGAAUCUGAUUCAAGUUCUAUUGCUUAUUCAGAACAGAUCAGUGAGCUGUGUACUCAAGGGAAAUACAAGGACGCAAUGCGCUUUUAUGAAGAAUCGACUCAAAAAGGUGUCACCCUCAAUAAAUCAACCUUAUUUAAUUUGAUGGAUGGGCUGAUCAAGAGGCGAAAGAGUAUAUCAAAGGCUGCUCGAAUGUAGUGACUCCUACAUCUCUUAUGGACGGUAUCCAAUGGUGUUGCUCAUCACCAUGCUUCUGCAUGGCUUUGCACAUAGAUGGGAAGAAAUUCAGGUUUUUUUUAAAGCUCACUCAACAAAGGAUAUAGCUCAAGGUGAAAACGGGCUGAUGGAUGAUUUGAUGUUUUCUCAACUUCUGCAUAAUGUUCUGGCAGCUAUGGCUUGGCACAAGGCAGAGGAGGAUGUUCUACUUAAGAUAAAAGCCACCUCUGCAGGAACGAGUAAAAGAUAUCCUCCCUUGUGCUUUGCUGAUGCUCUCCUUAUCUUCUGUGAAGGUGAAACCAACUGUCCUCUUUGUUGCUUAUUGCCUUGAGGUGUUUUGGCAGCUCUCUAGACUUUCUCCUAACCCUGACAAGAGCAACGUGUUUGGCAAGAACAGAUCUUGAGAUUGCUUGGAUAUAAUGCAGGUUGUCUUCCUGUUUGGUACCUCUAUGUGCCACUGAUAUCUUCCAGACUCGAAGGAUUCAACUGCAGAACUCUAAUGUGCCACUGAAAUUGAUUGGGCCAGAAAGGACAGAAAAUGAGUUACUAGAGUGACUUGUUAUUAAUUGUUAGAGCAUUGUGGUUGUCAAUAAGCUCGAGCUUAAACGGCAUCCCCUCGUUUCAGGAAUAGUGGAAGGUUACUGGAUUUAAUACCAAUGGGUGCAUUUGAGACUUACAAUAAAACAAUGGAGCACUCAAAACUGCAAUCAAGAUCAAUGCAAGGUGGUGCUUUCUAUACAUUGGUCUCAUAAUUUAUCUUCUUUUCGUUGAAGUUAUGUUUAAUUUCGCAUGUAAUUUAUUUCGACAUUUUUGUAGAAUUGCCAAGUUCAUGUACAGAAAACGGGAAAAAUGGAAAAGACAGAAAUUGGCUGACGUGCCUUCUAAACGUGACAUGCAUAUAUUAUGAGAGAAAUGCUUGGGGUUCGAUUGUGCAUGGGUCUCGAGCACUGAGA